AUGGUAAUUACUGCGGUUGAAAGUAUCGAUUGCACCGAUAUUGGGUCGCUGAUUAAACGCAGCAGGUCCAGCAGCUUGAGCACACCUGGCAAGCAACUCGUGAGGAAGCGCACCUCGUCUGGAAUCUUCCAGGUUGAGGAAACAGAGCCUCCCCCAAAGAGGCCAGAAAUUCCCCAAAUGGAACCCGAGAAGGAAAAAACGCGGGAAAUUCAGACCAACGGUCGCCGGAAAGUAUCCGAAGAGAAAAAGAAAGAGAAGCCCGCAAGUUUGAAAAAGAAAGAUAUAGAAAGAAGAAAAGAGAUUGUGUUAGAUAAGUUUGACAGUAAAAGUACGACACAGUGUGUAGCGGCUUUUAAAGAAAGUGAUUGUUGGGAUUAA